CACCACCAUCCUCCACCUCCACCACUCCCAACACAAGGCAAUCCCACGCAGAGACAGAAAGAAGCAGCGGCGGCGGCGAAGAUGUCCGGGAGAGGCAAGGGAGGAAAGGGGCUGGGCAAGGGCGGCGCCAAGCGCCACCGCAAGGUGCUCCGCGACAACAUCCAGGGCAUCACCAAGCCGGCGAUCCGGCGGCUGGCGCGGCGGGGCGGCGUGAAGCGCAUCUCGGGGCUCAUCUACGAGGAGACCCGCGGCGUGCUCAAGAUCUUCCUCGAGAAUGUCAUCCGCGACGCCGUCACCUACACCGAGCACGCCCGCCGCAAGACCGUCACCGCCAUGGACGUCGUCUACGCGCUCAAGCGCCAGGGCCGCACCCUCUACGGCUUCGGCGGCUAGGCCGCCAACGCCGGGCUCCUCCCUCCAUCCAGCAACAUGAUAAAUUACCACUAUAAAGCUAGCAGUAUUUGUCCAGGGUUCGUGGUGUCUUCGGUGUUGUUUGCUUUGCUCUGUUCCUGCUUGAUGUUGGGAUCGAUGUACUAGUACCAAGACUGAAUGGAAAUCGAAUAUGGGAAUUACAGCGACGUUGUUUACCCUUGA